GACGCAUCUUUCUAAUCCAAUAAGGAAUUUCUCAGAAGUACUAGAAUUAUUAACAAGAGGAUAGAUGUAUUAAUAGAUGGCAUUGCUAGAUAGUUGAGCAGGGAAAGGUGGAAAACAUGGCCAUCAUUCUUUUUUAUCUGCAUUGCUUCUUUUCCAUUCAUUUUCUCUUCGGCUGUUUGCUACAGUGGCCUGUGCCCGUCUCUAGGGACCCUGGACCCCUGACGCGAUCUCAGUUCCAGGGGACCUGUCACCGGAAUCGACGCUAAAGCUCGGCCGUCACCUUCGCCUUGCGACGCGUCUUCCCAGUCGUCGCGUCUCGCACUUACAACAAACCCAAUCAUGAUACAGCGCGGCAUUGUGCGCCGCCAAAGCUCGCUCGCUGCGGCAAAGAGGAUCUUGGCCCAAGCCGACGACGAGCCGGAUAAUGAGCCGGCGAAAGCAAUAUCCAGGACGCGCAGAGCCGCCGCCAAACCACCGCCGCCGCUGCCACGGAAAGACGCGUCCGAGGCGGACUUCACGCCCCCCGUCGACGAGGAUGGAGUGAACGAGACUGCAGAACCGCUGCCCAAGCGGCGCAAAGUUGAAAAGACGCGGAAAUCAGACACGGAGAAGCUUCACGCAAGCCUCUUCGGCUCAUCCGGACAGGCGACGCCGGACCCCUGCCCGCCCCCGGCGAGAGCCCACGCCGCCGGCUAUCACCGUCCUCUGCUGCUGGACGGCCGGCCCGGGCGCGACGGGAGAGACGCCCUCCUCGCCUGGUUCGACGCCACCAGCACCGCCCGCGGCAUGCCGUGGCGCAAGGCCUGGAUCGACCCGCGGCGCUCCCACCCGGACGGCGCCGCCGGCCUCCGCGCCGCCCUCGAGAGGCGCGCCUACGAGGUCUGGAUCAGCGAGAUCAUGCUGCAGCAGACCCGCGUCGCCGUCGUCAUCGACUACUGGAACCGCUGGAUGGCGCGGUGGCCGACGAUCCGGGACCUCGCCGCCGCCGCCCCCGAGGACGUGCUGGCCGCCUGGCGCGGCCUGGGCUACUACAGCCGCGCGACGAGGAUCCACGAGGCCGCCAAGCUCGUCGUCGCCGACCCGGGCUGGGCGGGCCUGAUGCCGGCCGACACCGCCGAGCUCGAGGCCAAGGUCCCCGGCGUCGGCCGCUACACCGCCGGCGCCAUCGCCGCCAUCGUCUUCGGCCGGGCCGCCCCCAUGGUCGACGGGAACGUGCUCCGGGUGCUGAGCCGGCAGCUGGGCGUGUUCGGCAACGCCAAGACGGACAAGGCCGUCAUCGACCUGCUCUGGGCCGCCGCCGACGCCCUCGUCAAGGCCGUCGCGGGAGACGACCCUCAAGACGCCCGGGUUGAGGACGAGGAGGCGCCGCCCCCGACAAGCGAUCGGCCGGGGCGCUGGGGCCAGGCGUUGAUGGAGCUCGGGAGCACCGUGUGCACGCCGAAGCCGAACUGCGGCGCGUGUCCCGUCACUUCGACCUGCCGCGCCUACGCAGAAGGCUUGCUGGUGGCCGCGAAACCGACGAGAGCCGCAAAGGUGGAGGACAUUGAGGACCUGUGCUCGAUAUGCGAGCCCUUCGAGGAGGAGGCGGCGGCGGCGGCGGAGGAGGAGGAGCAGGCUGCCCUCUCCGGGCAAGACUCGGACGCGAAAGCGCCGAAGGCGGUCAAGGGGGGCAAAGAGGCCGGCAAGGGGACGAGGUCUCGGCCGGUCGCGAAGCAGGCCACCCUGUCCGCCUUCUUCUCCUCCUCCUCCUCCAAGACGGCCAAAGAGGAACAAGAACCGGCCUCGCCGGGACGGCGGGCGGCCGACGCGAGAACCCUGGAGACCGUCGCCGAGCACGCCAGGAAGUUCCCGCUCAAGGUGGUCAAGAAGGCGGUGCGCGAGGAAGAGGCCCUCGUCUGCGCCGUCCGCCGCCGCAGCGACGGGCGCUUCCUGGUCCACCGGCGCCCGGACAAGGGGCUCCUCGCCGGGAUGUGGGAGCUGCCGAGCCACACGCUGCCGGCGGCGGCGGCGGCGGCGGCGGCGAGCAACACGGCGUCGUCGAGGAAGCGGGACGCGCAGGGGUACGUCUCGGGUCUGAUCCUCGGCGACGGCGACGGCGGCGAGAGGCAGAAGGCGAGGGCCAAGGACGGGCCGCGGGCGCGGCACGUCGCGGACCUCGGCAGCGUGCCGUGGCUGUUCUCGCACAUCAAGCUGACGAUGCACGUGCACCUCUUCGAAGUGGACGGGGAGGGGGGGUGCGUGUCGGCGCAUGCGAGGCACCGGUGGGCCACGGCGGAGGAGGUGGACGAGGAGUCGAUGGGGACCGGGAUGCGCAAGUGCUGGGCCCUCGUGAAGGAGAGGAUCGAGGAGUAGACGCGGAAACCCGUCUCGUCUGGGUUUGACUUGCGUGGGUUGUUGCCGGCGGGUUGCGCAUACGUAUUCUGGUAUCGUAGAUUUAAUCACGUAAACGGAUGUCUAUAGACCAAUACCCCUCCCUAUCCGGGGGCAGCACUUUUGGUGUUAUGUAAUGGC